UAUGUAUGAAUCUUCAGCUCUCCUCUCCGUGACGUGGCUGUGGCUGUGGUCCCGGGUCUGCGCUCAGCACAGCGCUGCUCACUCUCUCUAGUGCAGCGGGUGCUGGCCGCUUGUUUCAACCUUGUGCCGAGUUCGGUUUUAUUGUUUUAAUUAAGAAAAAAAAAGAGACGUCCGCUUCUCAUUAUCUAUACAGCGUCAGAUAAGGAUCUCGGAGCAAAGAGGAGGAGGAGGAGGGUGGAACCAAAAAUAAAAUCACGAAGUAUCUAGCGUUGGCCGUCAUGCAGCCGAGGAUACGGAGCGCCCGGGAAAGCUGCUGUAUUUUGGUGACCGUCUGGAUCUUCAACGUCCUUGCAACUAAAGGGCAUGGUGAUGGGGUGAAUCACAGAUUCAAGAGAGUAAACAAGCACAAACCAUGGAUUGAGACAUCCUACCACGGAGUGAUUACGGAGAACAACAACAUCGUGUUCCUGGACCCUCCUCUGGUCGCUCUGGACAAGGAUGCCCCAGUGCGCUACGCCGGUGAGAUCUGUGCUUUUAAGAUCCACAGUCAGGACGUGCCCUUCGAAGCUGUGGUGUUAAACAAGACAUCUGGGGAAGGACUGCUGCAGGCAAAGAGUCCAAUCGACUGUGAGCUACAGAAGGAAUACACAUUUAUCAUUCAGGCAUACGACUGCGGAGCCCGACCCGGUGGAACCUAUUGGAAAAAAUCGCACAAGGCGGUGGUUCACAUUCAAGUGAAUGAUGUCAAUGAGUACGCGCCAAUGUUCAAAGAGACGGUGUAUAAAGGUUCCAUCACAGAAGGGAAGCUGUAUGACAACAUACUGCAGGUGGAAGCUGUGGACGAGGACUGCUCUCCUCAGUACAGCCAGAUUUGUGAUUAUGAAAUAGUUACACCUGAUGUACCCUUUGCGAUUGAUAGGAACGGUAAUGUUAGGAACACUGAGAAGCUGAGCUAUGAUGAGCAGCAUCAAUACAAGUUUAUGGUGACUGCAUACGAUUGUGGCCAAAAGGAAGCUUCGGAAGAUGUAUUGGUUCACAUUGAAAUUAAGCCAGUUUGCAAACCUGGCUGGCAAGGUUGGAAUAAGCGUGUCGAAUAUAAAUCGGGCUCUGGCAGUAAAGUGUUAUUCGCCAGCAUCCACCUGGAGACGUGUGGUGAACCCGUCUCAUCUGUGCAAACCACGAUGGAGCUACAGACCAGCCACAUCGGAAAGGGGUGUGAUCGGGACACGUAUUCUGAGAAGUCCUUGCAGAAACUGUGCGGUGCUUCUUCUGAUAGCAUUGACUUGCUCCCAGCACCGUAUGGUUUAUCAAACUGGACCUCAACACUUCUGAUGGACAGUGAACGGGACAGUGACUUGAUCUUCAAAUUCGACGGCAAACAUGCGGCAAAGAUUCCAGACGGGGUGAUAUCCAAAAACCUCACUGAUCAAUAUACCAUCACCACAUGGAUGCGUCACGGACCCAGCUCUGGAAUGAGAGCAGAGAAGGAAACCAUUCUCUGCAAUUCAGAUAAAACAGAAAUGAAUCGUCACCAUUACGCACUGUACGUCCACAACUGCCGGCUGGUCUUCCUGCUCCGUCGGGAUUUUGACCAAGUUGACAUGUUCCGUCCGGCUGAAUUUCAUUGGAAACUGGAGCAGAUCUGCGACAAGGAAUGGCAUUACUACGUUGUCAAUGUUGAGUUUCCGGUGGUAACAUUGUACGUGGACGGAGUGGUCUAUGACCCAUACCUGGUGACGGACGAUUGGCCAAUCCACCUGUCACACAUUGAUAUGCAGCUAACUGUCGGAGCCUGUUGGCAGGGCGGGGAGAUUUUGAAGCCGCAGUUUGCCCAGUAUUUCCACGGGAGCCUUGCAGGCUUAUCUAUUCGUCCAGGCAAGAUCGAGAGUCGGAAAGUUAUCUCCUGCUUGCAGGCCUGCAAAGAAGGCUUGGAUAUUAAUUCCUUGGAGAGUCUUGGUAAAGAGAUCAAGUUUCAUUUUAACCCAGCCCAGUCAAACCUGGUCAUGGAAGGGGAUGACAUCGACAUCAUAAAUAGAGCAAUGCAGUUGGUAGCAUACAUUAACUCAAGACAAUUUCCAACUCCUGGAAUUCGACGCUAUUCAAUAUCCACCCAAGUGCAGUGUUUCGGUGAGGACACUUGCAUCAGUGUCCCAGAUAUCGAUGGGUACAUUGUGGUCCUUCAGCCAGUGGAACCAAAGAUCACCAUCAGUGGAUUGGAUCAUUUUUCGAGACCAGCAUCGGAGUUUGAAAGCAGCAGAGGUGUUGUACUAUUCCCAGGCUUGAGGAUUGUUAGCACUGCUCGAAAAGGAGGACAUGAAGAUGGCAAAGCCCAUCGUGGGUCAGAGGAGAUGGUUCACAACCUGGAUUACUGCGAUAUUUUGGUCACAGGAGACGAAUUAAAUUCAGAACAGGAAUGUCUGGAACUGGAACCAGUGGAAUUACAUGGGAAGCAUCUCGAGUUCACUAACUCCACUGCAGGAAUGUCGGUUUAUGGUGUGGACACCAUGGCAAAUUACGAACACGUCCUUCGCAAACUCCGCUACCGCCACUGGGACACCGCAUCCAUUUUUGAUCGGAAGUUUCAUCUCACCUGCUCAGAGCUCAAUGGACGUUACACAAGCAAUGAAUUCAACUUGGAGGUGAAUGUUCUGCACACCAUUAAUCCUAUGGAUCAUUUUAAUCACGUGGUUGCUCAACCUCAGUUCCUACAGUCUAUCCAUCAUUCCCUGCCUGACCUCCCAGGUCACAACCUUAACACUGCUCAUAACUCAGGUAUUCCCAGCGCGGCAACCAUCGUCAUUGUGGUGUGUAUUAGUUUCCUCGUCUUCAUCAUUGUUCUGGGGGUCUUCAGGAUUCGGACAGCAUUCCAGCACAGUAAUCGGGAGAAUGAGAGUGGGAAAGAAAAUGAAAUGGAUUGGGAUGACUCUGCUCUCACCAUUACUGUCAACCCAAUGGAGAACUAUGAAGACCUGGGGCACAGCGAGCAGGACAGCGAUGAUGAAGAGGAGGAGGAGGAGGAGGAGGAAGGCGAGGAGGACGAUAUAACGAGUGCCGACUCAGAGGAAAGCGAGGGAGAGGAAGAGGCAGAGCAGGGGGGAGACCAACAAAACGUCACCAGGAGGGAGCAGCUAGAAUGGGAUGAUUCAACACUUCCCUAUUAAAAGGCCUCAAAUCUUCAAUUGAUAUGUUAAUGCCCAGCAGUGUUUGAAAAAAAAAAAUGGUAUGAUCAGAGUUGAUUUAGAAUACUGUUCAUGGUAAGUAGGGUGUGAAGAACUUUCAGGUUGUUUACCAAAUUAUUAAGUGAUUUGCAGUGACAUAUCUGGGUCCAAGAGUUGACAUUAGUUAUAAUAAUGCCUGUCUUUCUUUUGUUAUAUCUGGGUGUUCAUUGUGUGGUUACCUGAAUGUUCUAUCUUUGCACCAAGAACUAUUAACUUUGUGAAACCAUGUACUGGUAUCUGUAAUUUGAAAUUUUCUGAAGUACUUUAUUUAUUUAUUUGUAAUAAAAAAAAACACUUUCUCUGGUGGGUCAUAUGCCGAAGGCAGAAAGUUAAAAAUUAAAAGUCAAAUUUUAUAUUUCAUGAUGAUGUAAAUACCAUAUUUAAAUGAAUCAAACGAAAGCAGUUGCUCAGAUGAUGUCUGCUCCAAGGCUUAUCUGUUGAAAUUAAGUUAAAUAAUUAUUAAUUCACAUAGCUUUUGAGCCACAAACAAGGUUUUGCCUCUACUGAGAUAUCAAUAGACCUGUUUGAGAUCGCAUAUUUCCUUUGAUAGAUUUAACAAGACAAACUGGAAUUAUUUUAGGGGAAAGUGCUGGACAGAUUUUUUUCUUUUAUACAACAGGUUUAAUCUAAGGCAAGUGAUGAAGUGCUGGUUGAGAUACUUCUUUGAUCAAGUGAAAGGUUGGCCAAGCACCUGCUUUUUUCCUGCAACUGGCAGCUCUUGGGUUGACAAGAAGUACAUGUAUUUACAAGGUACUUGGUGUACAUCAAGUACUCCUUGCCAUGUUAUCUGUUUUGCCAGACCAACAGAGGCCAUGGGUCAAUGGGAACAGAUAUGCCGGCUCUGGCGGGUCACGGAGUUCUAGAGAGCCAGUCACAGGUGGCAAAUUUGACCUGCCGAUUGUCCGUAGUGGUCAACUAUGGGAAUGGAACUACUGGCUCCGAUCAAGCUGGAAUUCCAGAGCCCCAGACGCAGGGACAAAUGUCUCCCUCUGAUCAGCACCGAAGUCCCAAUGAGGUGAAGGUCAGCCUCCUUACCUGGCCUAGGUGCCACAUUUUCAGGGGGACUUCAUGUGUGCUCUUGUGAUUUUGUCGGAGUUGAAGGAGGCACCGGAACAUCAGUUGGUGGACCUGUGACAGCCUAAGUGGAAUAACAACUUGCAAUAUGGUAGUUCCAUUAGUUCCCAAAAAUCCCAGCAAGAUACAAGUCCUCAACUAACUCGUUCCUCUUGAAAAUAUAGUGUUGAAACUCUCCUAUAGCAUGCAGUAACGGAUGGCUCCCGGACUGAGCCCAACUGGACCUGAAUGGGUGUUGAGUUUGGGCUGGUCAGGUAUUUAAAGAAGUCCUCAGGCACGAUUGGGUUACAGUUGAUCCAUCAGGUUCAGGUUGGGUGUAAAAAUGUUAUAACGCCAUCUCCAUAUCCAGUUGUAUCAUUUAUGCAUCCGUUUUAUUGAUUGAGAUUUUGUUGAUUGCGAGUCACAUUUUUGUGUCUUUGUUGCCAGUCCGUCGGAUUUUAAGGUUCCUGUUGAGUUUCUUUUGCGAUUUGGUCCCUUCAUUCCCGCUGGCAGACACUAAAAAGUUUAUUUUGUUGGGAAUCGGAAACUCAGAGCUUUAUAACACUGUAAAGCUCACAGAUAGAAAAAUAACCAUGUCAUCGUGGGAACAGGCAAGACAAGCAAAGGACUUAAAGUUUGUUUUCAUUUUAAUUCCAUCUUUUGUUAUUCCAGUCCUUUAUAUGUUGAUUAAUGUACCACCCUUACCCACCCCUCAUGUGCAUUACAAUAUGACUUACAUUUAGUGAAUAAUGCAAUUGGAUCUUAUUUACCACAAUCUAAUUUUGUCCUUAUUAGGAUAGUUUAAAUAUAUUAAAAAUACAUUUAUAUUAAAUUCUAGUUGUUUAAUGACAAAAGGAAACUUGGAUAUUAAGGUUAUGUUGUGUCAAUAUAGAUAACUGGACAUUAACCACAAAUACAGUGCAAACCGUUACGAUUAAGAUUGAAGAACACAAAUUAACAAGUUCUCUGAAGUGUCUAGUUGCAGAUAAGCCACUAAAGUUCAUUCUAUGUGCAGACUCAUGGGUCACAAUGGUUGUUGUUGUUCAUGAAUACCACUGCAGGAAUACGACCUCGUGAUUUAUUUUCCCAAAGUCCCAGAACCAGUGUCAAUUUUACUCUUAAAGUUCACUCAUUAGUUGUCAAGAGCAGUAAUUUCAACUGUACCUGUUGAAGUUAAUUUGGAAUCCAUUUAGAAGCACAGGAGGAAAAGACUCCACCAUAAUGUAUUGAAGCAGAGAUACACAUUGUAACUCCAGUUCAUAUUUAUGAAUCUACAAUAAGGAACAGCUUUUAUUCAAGAAGCAAAAUUGGUUUUCUUGGACACACUGGUACACAAGUCUCAAAUAUUUUCUUACUAUGUAGGAAUACUUUUUUGUUCAGAGUCUAUGAUAAGUUUUCAGAGCAUUCCCAUUAAUCCCAUUUCCCUAUAACCUAUUCCUUCUCACAUGCCCCAUCAACUCCCACCAACCACCCAUGUUAAUUUACAACACUACUUAAGCUACUUACUGUUGCGUCUGAAGGGUGCAGAGGUGAGGCAGGUGACAGGAAGACCGUGCAAACUCUGCUGUGUGCUAGAGUCAAACCAGUCACUGGAGCUAUGCAGCAGCACCAACUACUGUGCCUUGUCUUUCUGCUCUUCAGCAUGUCCCUCAGCAUUGAGUACACCUUCCUUCCAUUCCAUUCCAUGGUUUUGCUACCCAGCUGAAGAGACUUCUGUGGAUCCACAGACACUGCUAGGUGACAUAUCAUGCAGCUGACACAGAAUGAGAAUGAGUUUCUGAGGUCAGCUUAAUUUGAGAAGAAUUCUUCUUAAUCCCUCUUGGUGAAUGGAGUCAAUUAUUUUUGCAAGGUUGAAAAUAGGGCAAGUGCAAGCUUUGAUAACGUUCCUAGCAUUUUGCGUGUAUUCAUUGCAGAGUACUGGGUGGCACAGUGGCACGUCGCCAGAGACCCAGAUCCGACCCGGACUACAGGCGCUGACAGUACGGCGUUUAUACGUUCUCCCCGUGACCGAGUAGUUGUUCUCCGGGUGCUCUGGUUUCUUCCCACACUCCAAAGACAUACAGGUUUGUAGGUUAACUGGCUUCUGUAAAUUGUCCCUAUAGUGCACGAUGAUGAUCGGUGGAUGGUGCAGACUCUGUGAGCCGAAGGGCCUGUUUCCACGCUGUAUGUCUGAAGUCUAAAGAUGAUGUCCAUUGCACGGUAGGGAGGAUCACUGAAGUGCCAGGCAGCAGCGAGGGGGUCCUCAUUAUCACUAUAAUCGGGUUUUACAGCUUUCAUUAAAAUGGUGGUGACUACUUUCUCCCCGAGAUCCUCUUUCAAACCUUUCCUCGUCCCAUCAGAUGGGGAAUGAGAUCGUGAAUCUGAGCCCAAAUUACUUCUCCACUAUAUCUUUUAGUAUUUCUGAGGAGAUUUGGGGAACCAUAUCUGAGGAAGGAUGUGCUGGCUGUGGAGAAGGUCCAGGAGAGGUUUACAAGAAUGAUCCCAGGAGAUUAACAUAUGAUGAGCGUUUGACGGCACUGGGCCUGUAAGCACUGGAGUUUAGAAGAAUGAGAUUGGACCUCAGUGAAAGGUUCGGAUAGAGUGGAUACGGAGAGGAUGUUUCCACUAGUGGGAGAUUCCAGGACUAGAGAUUAUAGCCUCAGAAUUAAAGGACUUUCUUUUAGGAAGGAGGGAGGCUUUUUUUUAGUCCGAGGGUGGUGAAUCAGUGGAAUUCUUUGCCACAGAAGGCUGUGGAGGCAGUCAGCGGAUAUUUUAAGGCAGGGAUAGAUAGAUUCUUGAUCAGUACGGGUGUCAGAGGUUAUGGGGAGAAGGCAGGAGAAUGGGGUUAGGAGGGAGAGAUAGAUCAGCCAUGAUUGAAUGGCGGAGUAGACUUAAUGGGCCAAAUGGCCUAAUUCUGCUCCUAUCACUUAUGAUUUCAGCGGUUCCAGUUCUAGGCGUGGAAUUAGGCUAUUUGGCCCAUCAAGACUACUCCGCCAUUCAAUCACAGCUGAUCUAUCUCUCCCUCUCAACCCCAAUAUCCUGCCUUCUCCUCAUAACCCCUGAAACCCCUACUAAUCAAGAAUCUGUCAAUCUCGGCCUGGAAAAUAUCCAUCGACUUGGUCUGCACAUCCAUCCGAGGCAAAGAAUUCCACAGAUUCGCCAUCCUCGGACUAAAGAAAUUCCUUCUUAUCUCCUUUCUAAAAGGGAUGGCCUUUUAGAAUAAUGAGAGUCAUUGUCUUUCCUCAGCUGCUUUCACACAGAUGUUGGUGAAUAUGUGGAACAGUUUGCCGGAGGCAGAUAUUGUUGCAAAGUUUAAAAGGCAUUUGUAUUGUAUUGUAUUUCAAUGACUACACAGCCAGGCUGGUGGAAUGUGUUAUCAGUACAGCUCGGUACAGGUUCCAACAUUUCAUCAACAUUAAACAUAUAUCAUAGAUAUACAUACAGACAGACACAUUACACAAUACAUAAGGGCCAUGCUUAUUCUUAUUCCUCACCGUACAGAGUUUAAAAUGUUAAUUGCAGUGGGAAUGAAACUGUUUUUGAAGCGGUUUGUUUUGGAGGCAAUUGUCCUGUAGCGCCUCCCAGAGGGCAGUAGCUGAAAGGCAUGGUGAGUAGGAUCAGAGAUGACCUUGCAGGCCCUGUGUAGUGUCCGUUUGUGAUAGAGUGAUUCCAGAGAUGAUAGGGGUAAGCCAAUAAUUUUUGAUGCUCUGUUGAUGAUGCGCUGUAAUUUCUUCCGGGAGAGUGAAUCGAGGCUGCCGAACCAGACUGUGAUGGAUGGAGUGAGGAUGCUUUCAAUGAUGGCUGUAUAGAAGCGGAGCAUGAGAUGAGACCUUACUCUGAACUUCCUGAUAUUUAAAUAAAUACAAGGAUAGGAAAGGCGUAGAGGGAUGCGAGCGUAGGGUGGGCAAAUGGAAUUAACGUAAAAAGGUAUUGCGGUCAGAGUGAGGGCAUAAAGGGGUCGGUUCCUGUACCAGAUGAUUAUACAAUUCAAUGCAGGUUUUAAGAUAGUGAAGUUAAUGGAAAAAAAUGGUUAUUAAUUGAUUACAUGCAAAUUAAAUAGACUCAAUACUUUAAAACAUCCUUGUAGCCAUUAAAAAAAAAAUCUUGAAAAAAUCUGUCAAUAUAGCUGUGGCAACAUGUACAGCAGUAUCAUGUACAGACUUGGUCACUGAUUUAUAAAAGAAGGAAGGUUUGGAAAAGGUGCACAGGAGGUUUACCGGGAUGUUGGGUGGAUUAGAGAGUAAUGAGCCUGUCCCACUUACUCGACAUUUUAGGUGACUACAGGAGACAUUUUGACACAAUGAAGAGCAGCGAGAAUCCUCGUGACGUGGGUGCAGUGGUGGUGGGUCGCCAGGAGGUCGUAGGUUGUCUCAGGUACUGAGCGGUGAAUUUCAUUCGCUUAUUGGGGGAAAAAAAACUGUAAACAGUAAUUUUCAGGACCAAGGAUAACCAACCGGUAAUGUUAAUGUCCACCGAGCUUCACAGCCGUGUAUCUCCACUACCUCUCCCCACCCCGCCUCCCCCUUCAUUUAAAGGACUUAAGUGACCCUUCCCGUACGCUGUGCUUUCACCGUCUUAAUUAAGGGUCUGUCCCACUUUCCCGAGCUGCUCACGAAUUCUCCCGAGUUUUCCCCUUGACUCAAACUACGGGAAUGUUCAUAACAUGUCCAUUGGAGGCCGUAGAUAUAUCGUAGCGGCUCGUUAUGUCAGCCGCAGGUACUCGGGGCAUCAGGAAGGCGGGACGUUUUUUCCAGCAUGACAAAAAAUAUCCAUGAGUAAAAAGAUAGUCGGGAGGAGAAAAAUUACAACAUUUAACCCCCCGAGUACGUACGGCUGACAUAACGAGCCGCUACGAGAUAUCUACGGACCCGUUACAAACAUUUUCUGAAUGGCAGGCGGUGACUAGUGGGGUACCGCAAGGCUCAGUGCUGGGACCCCAGCUGUUUACAAUAUAUAUUAAUGAUUUGGACGAGGGAAUUGAAUGCAACAUUCAAGUUUGCGGAUGACACUAAGCUAGGGGGCAGUGUUAGCUGUGUGGAGGAUGCUAGGAGGCUGCAAGGUGACUUGGAUAGGCUGGGUGAGUGGGCAAAUGCAUGGCAGAUGCAGUAUAAUGUGGAUAAAUGUGAGGUUAUCCACUUUGGUGGCAAAAACAGGAAAGUAGAGUAUUAUCUGAAUGGUGGCCGAUUAAGAAAAGGGGAGAUGCAGCGAGACCUGGGUGUCAUGGUACACCAGUCAUUGAAAGUAGGCAUGCAGGUGCAGCAUGCAGUGAAAAAAGCGAAUGGUAUGUUAGCUUUCAUAGCGAAAGGAUUUGAGCAGGGAGGUUCGACUGCAGUUGUACAGGAUCUUGGUGAGACCACACUUGGAGUAUUGCGUACAGUUUUGGUCUCCAAAUCUGAGGAAGGACAUUAUUGCCAUAGAGGGAGUGCAGAGAAGGUUCACCAGACUGAUUCCUGGGAUGUCAGGACUGUCAUAUGAAGAAAGACUGGAUAGACUUGGUUUAUACUCUCUAGAAUUUAGAAGAUUGAGGGGGGAUCGUAUAGAAACCUACAAAAUUCUUAAGGGGUUGGACAGGCUAGAUGCAGUAAGAUUGUUCCCGAUGUUGGGGAAGUCCAGAACAAGGGGUCACAGUUUAAGGAUAAAGGGGAAAUCCUUUUUACACAGAGAUUGGUGAAUCUCUGGAGUUCUCUGCCACAGAAUGUAGUUGAGGCCAGAUCAUUGGCUAUAUUUAAGAGGGGGUUUGAUGUGGCCCUUGCGGCUAAAGGGAUAUGGGGGUAUGGAGAGAAGGCAGGGAUGGGAUACUGAGUUGGAUGAUCAGCCAUGAUCAUAUUGAAUGGCGGUGCAGGCUCGAAGGGCCGAAUGGCCUACCCUGCACGUAUUUUCUAUGUUUCUAUUCUCCGAGUUUGAAUCAAGGGAAAAAUUCGGGAGAAUUCGUCAGAAGCUUGGGGAAGUGGGAGAGGCCCUUUACAGUGUUCAUCGUGGUGCUUGUCUGGAUCACAUUGGCCUUGCACCGUGUGAAUUUCACUCAGACAGUGCUCCCCCUCCCCCCCUGCAUAACUGAAGGAAGAGCUGUGUGUAUGUGUGCGUGUGUGUUCCACUCUGACAGUCACCGUUCCAGUGACCUGCUACGACCUGACAGUCGACUAAGUGGGACAGGCCCUUUAUGAGUAGUGAUGAGUAGUUGAAAAAGCUACAAAAAUUGUUUCUCUGGCGUGUUGGGGGCUGAGGAGGAACUUGGUAGAGGUAUUUAAAAGUAUGAGCGAGGCAGACAUGAAGCCGAUAUUGGUCCCAGGACGGAAAUGUCAAAUACUAGAGGUUUUUAAGUUCAAAAGGAGAUGUGUGAGACAUGUUUUAAAUAAAUGCAGUGGUGGGUGUCUGCAACAUCCUGUCAGGCAGGAAGGAGAUGGUGGAAGCAGACAAUAGUGAGACAUUUAGGCAAGCACAUAAGUACGCUGUGAAUGUUGCGAUAUGGACCAUGUGCAGGUAGAUCGAGUUAGUUUAAUUAUGCAUCAUGGUUGGCAUGGACAUCGUGGUCCGAAGGUUCUCAAACAUUAUAAUUAUACAGAUGACAAAUGUGUUAGUUGGAAUGCUAAAGUAUAACAUUUAGAUAGCUGACCCCCUAUGUGUUACAUCAGUUCGGAUAAUUAAAUUUGUCCUUGUGGAAUUCACUGGUCACUACCAAAACAAACAACAAAUCUAGGAUACUGAAUAAAAAUUAACCUAAAAAGUUCUGAUGAAAUGUAAAUAAAUAUACACUUGUUUCCAAUUGAUUUCUUGAACCAUGUAAAUAAUACUGCUUAGUUACAGAAAAUGCCAAUGCAUUCUAUUUUCUAGUAAUCCAACUCCCCUGUAAAAUGUGGAGGGAGUGUCACCAGUAAUAAGAGUCUUAACGGAUUAAGAUUGGAAUGAUGAGCUACAAAAAAAAUGGUGUUAAGUUGAUUAAUGGGAAACUGGUUAGGAGGUAGAAACACGGACAUAAGGGAAGAUGGGUGUGUGUGCAUUCUAAUCGACAAGACACAACCAGAGACUAACGUUCAGUAACAGGCAGUCAGCUUUUCACAAUAACCGCUGGCCACAGUUCCAAGUACGGAGAACAAGACUUUUGUUAGGAGCUUUGUAAAUAGAUUGGAAAGUUGCAAAUGGGUAAUUAAAAGAGGAGUGAGAAUAUACAGCAAGUGAUAUUAGGUGUGAGGGAAAAUAGUGCAUCGUCAACUUUGAACUAACGAGAGAGAAUGACCAUUAUAUAUGUUCUAAACGGUGACAGACAAUGAAUGCAAGGGAGAUUUAAGAGCCCAAGUGGAGGAAUCACUGAAGGCUCAGAGGAAGAUAGUGCAGUGUAUGAAAAAAAGGGUGCUUGAGAUACGUGAUGGCAUGUAUCAGCCGAGGAGGGUAGGAGUCAGUGUGUGAACAAACAUGGAACUGCAGAUGCUAGAAGCUGGAGUAACUCAGCGGGUCAGGCAGCAUCUCUGGAGAAAAGGAAUAGGUGACAUUUUGGGUCGAGACCUUUCUUCAACCUGCCCUCACUCCCCUGGUCCAAUCCUGAAAAUCUUAUGCAUCGGGCACCACCAAGGUGCUCUGUACAAGGGCUACAUAGACAGCCUCCAUUUUCUUGGCUUGGUGCCAUUGGCAAGGCAAUGGAUGAAUACAGAUACAAUUAGAGCCUGGCAAAGCUAUUUAGGGAUAUUGAUAAAGUAUUUCUUUAGAAAAAGGUAAUUGAAGAUAUUAAACUCCCUCUCUCCCUAAAAAUGUGGUUGGGGCCAUCUCAAUAGACAUUUACAAAAUUGAGAUGUGAACAUUUUUGGUUGAUAGUAGCAUGAAAGGCCAAGGGAUUGCAACAUAAAUGGCCUUAAUCUAACUGAAUGGAGGAGAAUAUUUAAGGAUUCAUAUAAUCUACAGUACCCAGAAUUCUGCUAUGGUUAUCUGUGAACAAAAUUUGUGCAGCAUUUGGCCAAUGGACAACAGCUUCUCCUGGUCCUCAAGACAGUGCCAUUGGUAAGCAAGGGUUAAUGGGACACUCAUAAACCAUCACACUGGGUUGAGCCGACAUUUUUUGCUCUGUAUUUGUUUCAUUUUAAAUGUCAACGUAGCAACAGGAUGUUGUGAUGCAAUAAUUCAUAAUUAAUCUCAUCUCCAUGCCAAUUAAAAAGGCAACCACUUAAUUAUGGGUUUAAAGUUUGAUCAGUAUUGUGCUGAAAGGGAGGCAUAGAUUUUUUUUUAUUGCCAGUGACAGAUUUUGGAAACCAUCAAUCUGUAAAUCUUUGUAUUAAAAAAACAACCCUUUCUGCAUUCAUUUCAUUUAAUUAAAAAAAAGUUUCAGAUAUCUGCAUCUGUCACUAUACGCACAAAUUAUUCCUGAUGCAACUGCUUAAAAGAUCAGACACAAUGGUAACAUGGCCUCUAGUAAGCACAUUCCAAAAAAUAAACCCUUGCCUAAAGGGCAAGAAAUAAACAGAUUUGCUUUUCUUUUGACUUAUAAAAUGCCAAUUGUUGACAUCAGUACUUCACUAAAGCUUAAUUAGAUAAGUGUUGCUCGUGUGUGGACUUUGUGUAUAUGCAGAAUAAAAAGAUUUACUGUUAUAACUUUAGUAUUGUGGCUGUUGUAAGUUGAUUUUUAAUUUUUAAAGCAACUUGAGAUUUACCAUCCUGUACAGCAUAAAAUGGAUGCCUGUUAUUGUACUGCGGCAGUUUUCUAUGCUAAAAUAAAUUUGUGAAAAAUAUCUGGCUUGCCAUUAACAUUGCCUGCAAAUGUCAGCCCAUAGAUCUGACAAUAAAUAUCUCAGAGAGUGCCAGAUUUUGUUUCCCCUUUCUUUUGUAACAUCCCUCUAGUGACUACACAAUCUAUCAAAUGUAGAACAAAUGGAGUUACAACACCAAAGAGGCUACAGUCAUAGCACACUAGUAGGUCAAAAAAUAAAAUGUAACCUGCUAACAAGUUUGAAAUAAAAGUAUUCGCCCAGA